AUGCCCAAGGGUCCCAUUUCCUCACCACCUCUGCAGCCCAAGAAAGCCCACAGCAUCGUGGACGACGACGCCCCCAUCGACGACUACGAGAACGCCGUUCACGAGUGCGAGAACGAGAAUGAGAAUGUCCACAUGCUGGCCGAUGAGCCAAAUAUUGCUGCUGCGCGGAGGGCAAAUAAGCCUGGUCCGACCAACCCAAAUCAGGAAAAGGGAGGGACUGGGUCGCAGAAUCGGUUGAAGUCGAGACAUUGA